AUGGAAUUUGACUUAGAACCAACAUUAGAGUCUUUAAUCCAACAAGACACCUUGAAAUGGAUUUUUGUUGGUGGUAAAGGUGGUGUUGGUAAAACAACAACUUCAUCAUCAAUUGCCGUUCAAUUAGCAUUACAACAUCCAAACUCAGAAUUUUUAUUAAUUUCAACAGACCCUGCACAUAAUUUAUCAGAUGCAUUUUGUCAAAAAUUUGGUAAAGAUGCAAGAAAAGUAGAAGGAUUAUCAAAUUUAUCAUGUAUGGAAAUUGAUCCUGAAGCAGCAAUGAGUGAUUUACAACAACAAGCACAACAAUAUAAUAAUGAUCCAAAUGAUCCUUUAAAAAAUAUUAUGAAUGAUAUGACUGGUUCGAUACCUGGUAUAGAUGAAGCUUUAUCAUUCAUGGAAGUUUUAAAACAUAUCAAGAAUCAAAAAGUUAAUGAAAAUGAUAGUAAAGAUAAAAUAUCUUACAAGACAAUUAUAUUUGAUACUGCACCAACUGGUCACACAUUACGUUUCUUACAAUUACCAUCAACUUUACAAAAACUUUUAGGUAAAUUUCAACAAUUAUCUGGUAAAUUAGGUCCAAUGAUGAGUAUGUUAGGUGGUGGAGGUAGCGGUCAACAAGAUAUAUUUGAAAAAUUAAAUGAAGUACAAAAAAAUGUAGCAGAAGUUAAUGAACAAUUUACUGAUCCAGAUUUAACAACUUUUGUAUGUGUUUGUAUAUCUGAAUUUUUAUCAUUAUAUGAAACUGAAAGAAUGAUUCAAGAAUUAAUGUCAUAUAAAAUGGAUGUUAAUUCAAUUGUGGUAAAUCAAUUAUUAUUUGCAGAUGAUGAUGAAAAUCCAUGUCAAAGAUGUGUAAGUAGAUGGAAAAUGCAAAAAAAAUAUUUAGAUCAAAUGGCUGAUUUAUAUGAAGAUUAUCAUUUAGUUAAAAUGCCAUUGUUGGGAACUGAAAUAAGAGGUGUUGAAAAUUUAAAAAAAUUUUCUAAAUUUUUGUUAGUUCCUUAUGAUCCUAAAAAGGAUAAUUCUUUGAUUACAGAAAUUAAAAAUGUAUAG